AUGGGGAAUAAUAAAUCAAAGAAAUAUCAGCUAGAUGAGCACCUAAACGACGGAAUCUCUUAUAGAGAAAGCAAACAGUUUAAACUUGCAAUUGUAAAUUUUAAACGAGCCUUAACACUAGCCGAGGAACUGAAAGACAGAGAGAAAGAAUCCAAGGGAAACAUUGAGUUAGGCACAGCCUAUAAAGGGGACAAUCAGUUUCAAAAGGCAGUGGAACACUAUGAAAAAGCCUUGGAAAUUGCAAAAGAACGAAAAGAUCAAGCUCAGGAGACAGACGCAUACUCACGGUUAGGAGCUGCUUAUGGAUCGAAUAAGCAGUUUCAAACUGCAAUAAAAUGCUAUGAGCAAGCGUUGGAAUGUGCAAAAGAACGAAAAGAUCAAGCUCAGGAGACAGCGGCAUACAUUAACUUAGGACAAAUUUAUAGCUACAACAAUCAAUUUCGAACGGGAAAUAAAUACUUUGAGCAAGCUUUGGAAAUUGUAAAAGAACGAAAAGAUCAAGAUCAGGAGAUAAGGGCAUACCUUGGGUUAGGAUAUGCUGAUAGCCACAACAAUCAGUUCCAAACGGCAAUUAAAUACUAUGAGCAAGCCUGGGAAAUUGCAAAAGAACGAAAGGAUCAAGAUCACGAGACAAAUGCAUACCUUGGGUUAGGAGAUACUUAUAGAUUCAACAAACAGUUUCAAACGGCGAUUAAAUACUACGUGCAAGCCAUGGAAAUUGCAAAAGAACGAAAAGAUCAAGAUCAGGAGAGAACGGCAUACUUUGGGUUAGGAGAAGCUUAUUCAUCGAACAAUCAGUUUCAGACGGCAAUUAAAUACUAUGAGCAAGCCUUGGAAAUUGCAAAAGAACGAAAAGAUCAGGAUCAGGAGAGAACGGCAUACUUUGA